AUGUCCCACAGUCCUUUAAGUUUCGUCUUUGGGGUUCUAGGUAAUGUUGCCUCCUUCGUGUGCUUUUUGGCACCACUACCAACAUUUUAUAGAGUUUGUAAGAAGAAAUCAACUGAAGGGUUCCAAUCAAUUCCAUAUGUGGCUGCACUCUUCAGUGCAAUGCUUUGGAUCUUCUAUGCCUAUGUGAAGACCGGAGAAACGCUUCUUAUCACCAUCAAUUCAUUCGGUUGUGUGAUAGAGACAAUUUACCUUGCCAUAUUUAUCACUUACUGCCCCAAGAAAGCUAGGAUGUCGACAUUGAGGAUGAUUGUUUUGUUAAAUUUUGGAGGAUUUUGCACGAUUGUCCUCCUAACCCACUUACUAGCAAAAGGGGUAGGUCGUGUCAAGCUUCUGGGAUGGAUUUGUGUGGUCUUUGCUACUAGUGUUUUUGCAGCACCAUUAAGCAUUAUUAGGGUGGUGAUUCGGACAAAAAGCGUGGAGUUCCUUCCUUUCCCUCUUUCAAUGCUCCUUCUGAUAAGCGCAAUCAUGUGGCUGUUAUAUGGUAUUUCGUUGAAGGAUAUCUAUGUGACGUUGCCGAACGUUGUGGGGUUAACAUUUGGAGUCAUUCAGAUCGUGCUCUACGCAAUGUACAGAAACAACAAGCCCCAAAAGGAUGAGAAGUUACCAGAACACAAAGGGGAAAUCGAAAACAGUGAAAACGUUGCUCCAACAGUGACCGAUGAGAAUGAAGAACAAGAAAUGAACCCUCACGCCGGAGAUAUUGAGAUUGGGGAGAAGAAGGAAGAGAAGAAGGAAGGGCAACAGCUUGAGGAGAAGCAUGAGAAAACAGAACUCAACAACAAGGAAAACAUCAACAAGAAAACAGAGGAGAGGGAGAGAUCCGAAGUUUGA